UCCGCGCGCCGCGUCGCGUCGCGCGCGUCGCGUCGCGCGAUGGACGUCGACGCGCGCGACGCGCGUCGGCGCGCGGCGACGCGCGCGCCGAUCGGACACGUGACGCUCGCGAUCGACACCAAGGCGUCGACGAGAGGACGACGGGGACGACGCGACGACGCGGGAGGGACGACGAGCGACGCGGGCGCGAAGCCGUUGCCGGAUUACGAGGCGUCGCAGAUGCCGGUGUACGAUGGGGAGACCGUGGGGGAGUUUUGCGCGCGCGUGGUCGGGGUGCCGAGCGUGGAUUCGAGCGUGGAGUUGUUGUGGGGGACGAUCUUGUUGCCGGAGACCGAGGCGUUGCAGCAGUUGGUGAUCACCAAGCCUUGGCAGAUCGACUUUAGGUCGGGUAAGGAAAAGUUAUUGCUGCGUCUGCCUCCGGGAGUCCAGCCGUCGAGGGAGAUGGAAAAGUAUAUGAAGAUUAAGGAGGUCGUCGUCGAGCCGCGCGAACUCGAAGUCGCCCUCGCGAAACCCGCGCAGCAGAAAGUAAAAGUGGCUGUUGCGGCGAAGAGAAAGCGAUCGAAGGCUUCAGUCGACGACGAUGAAGUGCUCGAGGAUGACUUAGAAGCCGCGUUGAGUGGGUUGGUGUCCGUGAAACAACCUCGUAUCGGCGGAGCCAACGCGGACUUGAAGAGCGAACCAGUCGCCGAGGCGGUGAGAGACCCAUCGCCUGUUCCUCUUCCUCCCUUGGUCGAGGUACGGAUGAUACGAGAAUCGAUGGACGAGUUGCGCAGACCGCGUGGGACGCGGAAAAUGCGACCUCUGAUUGAUUUCUACGCCGACCUCGGGAAAAUUCCAGAAGACACAUACUUCCGCAAGGUUCCGCGACACGUGCAAGUGGCGGAUCGUUAUUGCUCCUUCUUUCUCAACGACGUUACAGACGCGGGCGAAGAAGCAGAGAUCGCUAAGCAGCUCGCUGCCCUGUCUGAUCAGAGGCGCAGCCAACGUGUGUCGCAUAAGAAGGUUACGCGAGGUCCGUCGGCGUUGGCGGCGCCGGCUCAUCCGUACGCGAACUAUCUCGGCAUGGCGGCCAUGCAAGAAAAUCUAUUAGCAGCCAUGGAAAACAAAUCAUCCAUGAUUGCGGAGCGUAGUGGCUUCCGUGGCUUGCAGGGUCCAGUGCCAAUAGAGAGAAUGAAGGCUGUUAUCUUCCAGACCAGCACCAUCGGCGACGUCGUCGCAAAGAUGAAACAGCAAGCAGACGAAUACCAGUUCGACAUGAGCAGGGUACAAUCAAGCACGUUUGGUUGUUUGUACUACAUGCGUCUCAUCAAUGAGGCCUUACAAUCGAUCGCGCUGCUUCCAGCGUCCUUUGCCGAUCCAAAUUCAAUCGCGGAAAUACGUCAACAAAGCUCGACGGCGACGUUUGUGCACGACUGCCACGCAUUUUCAUGACGACGCGAGCCCGUUUGUAUCAUACCGAUGUCCACAGCCAACAAUCACCGUAGCAGUAUAGUACCAUGAUAA